AGAGAGAGAGAGACGGAGAGCGACUCUACGGCGAUAGAGAAACGUCACACCGACUCAUCCGUCGCGUUUUACGGUGGUGUGCGCGAUUCAGGCCCGAAUCCGCCACCGGAAUCCGACAAAUACAGAGAACCACACGCUGUCACGAGCUCAAACCCGUUAGCAGGAGAACCGUCAGUUCGAGGGUCGAGGAAAAUCCCGAAGUAACGCGCGACCGCGGAGCGACGGUGUUUCACGGGUUUGAUGUCCCGGCUGAACUGAAGAAAACUAUGGAAAUCUCAUUUUACAGCAUCUGAAAGAGAUUUACACACACCAGACACGAUGGAAGAGCCGUAUAAAGAUUCUGUAGCUGUAGACAUGGCAAACCCUCAGGAAGAGGUCUGCAACAGGGGGUCUGAUGGCGUCGGGAAACUUGAAAGUGAGGCCACUCCGAUAAUCCCGACCGAUACAAGGAACAUAACUUCUCCAGCCAUCACGAAAAGCUCCCUGUCACCUCUGCUCACAGUUCAAACCAGCCCGGUAGUGACUCCUGCUGCCGACUCUCCAAAUGGUGUUGCCCUGAAAGUAGCGACGACCGUACUCCAGCCAAUCUGUUUUGGGGAAAGUCCAGUAGUGCUGCCAAUUCUCGCAGGUUCAACCGGCCCCCAAGUAGGACAACCAGGUGCAGCUUCCUACCUGAUGACAAGCCAAGGUCCAGUUUCCCUGCCCCUAGUCCUAGAACAACAAAUCCUCCAACAUUUGAAUCCUCAAUUGCUUCAACAAACCGCCACCUGUCCUGGCCUUUCGCUUCCCCUUCAUAGCAACAUUCUGAACCCUUCCCUAGCUCUAGGUCCGUCCCCAGUCCUGGACCAAAAAGAUGCAAGUCAAGUGUUGGACACUAGUCUACUGACUCUCCUUCAGAACCCUAACUUUGCUGCCAUUAUACAAGACCUUUUCCCUGGUCAAGGCAACUCAUCCCCUACCUGUCACCCUACAUCUUCCCCACAAGUAGACAUCACCACAGCUUUCCUCCCCCAAUCCCCUUUCUCACACCCCUACAGCUCCCCAUUAGCCCCCUUGGUGCCUCCAGCCACGUUACUUGUUCCCUAUCCCGUCGUAAUCCCGCUUCCAGUGCCUCUUCCUAUCCCGUUGCCAAUCCCAGUUCCGGUCUCCGUGUGCAAGGAUUCCAAGGUCGAUAUAGACCGCCCUAAAUCAUCUUGUAAUGUGAAUAAAAGCACACAGACUUCAUCUAGUGACAUCUCUCCUCAGUGGAUGUUCCCCAUCAAGGAAAUGGCACCAAUCCAACCAACCUGCCCUGUAGUGACAGAGGGAGAGGUGCUAGACUUAUCCAUCAGGGCACCAAAACGUUCCAUUCGUGUUGACAGUCCGCAAGUGGUCCAGUCGUGUCAGCAGGACAAUGUCCUUGAUUUAUCUGUACCCAGUGUAAGGAAGACACGAAUCAAGUCUCAUAUCCCGUAUGGUCCUUGGCCCCCUGAUCGGGAUAGAGUGUUCCACAGGGGUGAUGUCAGCAGCGGGACUUUGGCUCUUGGGGUUCUGCGACCCGUGGAUUGUACCCCAAAGCUAGAUACUAAGCUACUAAGUGGUCUGGCGUCUUUGGAGUUCAGUCGACAGCACAAGUGGGUGGUAGACAGUGGUCACAGUAGCACGGUAGCUGGGGCGGUGCACGACCCACACGCCCUUGCGGGAAGCGGCAACAUCGAGAUUGUCAGCACGUCGCAGACUGCCAAAGUAAUCGUGUCUGUCAAAGAUGCCAUGCCUGCGAUUUUCUGCAGCAAGCUGAAGGGAUUGUCAGGCGUUUCUACAAAGAACUUCUCCAUCAAGCGUGACGCAGGUCAGGGGGGAUUCGCGGCACUCCAGAGGGUCCAGGUUGACCAGCGAGGAGAGUCCAGUGACUCGCUCAAAAAGAUUCCUAAAAAUAGAGGCAUUAAAGUGAAGAAAGUGAGCUCGCAGGAGAUCCAUAUACUGCCCAUAAAAAAGCAGCGCCUGGCUGCGUUUCUUCCCAGAAAGUAACCCCUACGCGCACAUGCAGAGGACGGCCGAAAUAGAGCAAAUGAAAAAAAGAGACGUGGUCAGAGUUGGCUGUGUUACUGGCAGAAAUAGAGCUUGAAGCUUUUUCUCCAAGCUGUCUGUAUGAUUCAGACUGAUGCAGGCUACUUUUUGGCUGUUGGUUGCUAUUUGAUCUGUUCAUUUUAAAGCAAUCAGAUGAAGUCAACAAAAUGAGAAAUGCUGAACCAACCCAACUGCACUACUACUGAUUUGUUUGUUUAGCAUUUAUAGCAGAAUAAUUUCCCUUCCCAAGCAUUUUGAUUGUGGUCACACGUCCUCAUAAAUUAUUCAUUGUAGUUAAAUCUACAUUCUCAUUAAUAGGGAUGAGCGGUGUUUUGGCCAGCUGUCAGUGAGACAUCAGUGGUGACGUCCUCAAAAGACACACAAUGUUGAGUACUGAAAUUCCUCUUUUUGCUUAAUUUCCUGCUUUGUUUCAUCGGGAUCAUCACUCUGUUUGUCUAAAUAAACUGCGGAAGGCCAUGUGACCUUUUCCUUCUCUAAUCAGUGUAUUCAUGAGGAGGCUGGUGAAGCGGAGCGUCCUCUGAAGAGAGGAGGGGUUAACCGUGAACAUGACAGCCCCAUAAUGACUUGGCAAAGCACGGAGCUCAUUUUCAUUAAGUUGUAUGAUUGGAGGAAGUGGUUGUUAAUAGCAACAAAGCAACGUUUUCAUCAAUCUCUCUUCAGGGGGUAAACGCUUCAUCCGUCCGGCCCGUCCAAAUGAAAACAAAAUAACCAUCUGGGAUUUGUCCAAAACCGCAUCUCUAUAACGUGACUUUUUAGUGCUUUGUUAAGGGCGAUGCGCUCGUGGGAAAGUCAUUAUUAUCACAUACUUAAGGUCUGUGCAGAUACUGAAGAAACGUUUUUAGUGUUUUACAGUUUAAUACCGUAUAGAUUUGCAAUAUCUUUUAUAAUGAUUGCCAGCAGUCUGUGCGUUUGAAGAAGAAAAAAUGAAAGUCUUUAGUCAGGAAAAUUUUAUCAUGAAAUUUACAUCUCAUGUAAUCUUUUUUAAAGUAAUUUGUAAUCGAUGUGUUCAGACAGCUCAACUUGAACUUUUAGUAUGAACAGACGCCACAAAUUUUGUGAUAAAUGGUGCAUUAAGUCUUUUCGUCCCCUUUAACAUCACUGUUUUCGUUUCUUUCGGGCGUUUGUGAUGUUUUCAGUUGACGGCUGGUUUGAUUGACAGUGUGUGGGUGUAUCAAAUCAAAUAUAUUCACCCUUUUAUCACCCUUCUGACCUGUCCCAGUCAGGUUAUUAAGUCCUUCCUUUAGCUGACAGGCCUAAAAUCACAAACUACCCGAAAAAUAAGAAAUAAAUUGAAGCAUACUUUUAGGGCCAUUAGGCUUUGUGUUUUUAUUAUAUUUGAAUAUGAACGUGGAGACUGUCAGUAAGUCGUAUUUUAUUUUAUUGGAAAUGUAUUCCAUGACUAAACAGGAGUCUGGUCACAUGUGUCCAUGUUAAAUUAUAUUUUGAGUCCGUACAAGUUUGUUGGUUUUGCAAAGACGUCAUUCGUCUUUGUGUCUCAUUUGCCAAGUUAUUUAUAUCUGUAUGCAAUGUGCUUCUAUGCACAUGAAUUAUUCUUCUCAAUUUAAAUCGCAAUAUUGUCAAACAUUACAUUGUUACAUUUAACAUGAAACAUCAUUCCCAACAUGUUUUACCCCUGUGUGUGAUGUGUAAGUAUAACAGAAUAUUCAUCAAGGACAUUUUUGAUAUUAAGCACAAUAAUUCCCAAAACAUAUUCAUUUUGAUUUAAUGUUCAUUUGAACAAACACUUCAUCAGUGCUGAAUUGUUUGUGUGUAUAAACUGUAAAGCCUUAACAGCAUGUGUUUUCGUGUCAAACCAUCUUCCCAAACCUUCGCACGAGUUUCCAAACGAAUCCUCUUUUAUAAAUACUACAUUUGAAAUAUAGAACGUUUUCUACCACGAGUAACUUUUGUAAACAAUCAAUGGACAAAAGAUGCAACGAGACGUGUCGUGUUUAAAUUAUUUAUUUAUUACUUGUAUCCUUUAAAAUGUGGAAAAUGUGUACGUGAAGAAUGCAUUAUCUUUAAAAACGUCAUGAUUAAAAAUAUCAUCGGUA